AUGUUCCGCAAGCUCCGUGUUAGUGGCAGCCAGCCCGCGCCAUCAGCGCCGGCCACGACAGUGGAGAGCAAAACCGUUGACCCAUCCCCUCGCGCCAUCCAUAUCAGCGACGUGAGGCGGUCACUCACCAGGCUACCCCGCAAACCCGGCUCCGAUCCACAGUCCAUAUCCAUUAUCGUCGCGAAUGCCAAAGGCGCCGCCGACUCCUCGUAUCUUUACAGUCUACUCCAGAGAGAGAAGGCCUACGGCGAGUUUGACCCUACAGGCGACUUCGAAACAGAUUACCUUUGCGACGGUCAUGUCUACAAUGUCCGCUUCAUCCCGCCUAACGUCCUAGGCCUUGGCCUAGCUUACCCUCUGCCUCAUGCAGCAUGUCUGCCUCGUCUUCGCGUACGACGCUUCGUCGAGGGAAUCGUGGGACGAAAUGGUCGCCGCCUGCGAGAGGAUGCGUAG